AUGUCCUCAUCACCCGUACCACUUAUCAGAAAGGCAUACGCCGAUACAACACAUGGCCAAAUCCACUACCGCUACGCUCAUCCACCUCAAAAUGUUGCACCAAAACCAACUCCUCUUCUCUUCCUUCACAAAUCCGCCUCGUCAUCAGCAAGCCACACAUCAUUAAUGAUAAUCUAUGCCUCACGAGGCUACAUAUGCUACGCACCCGACAUGCCCGGCUUCGGAGGCUCAUUCGACCAAUCGCCAGAAGCCAUUUCUCUCAUCCAAUCCAAAGACUGGCAUUACCUGAAGAAUAUGGGAGUCGGAGAGGAUAUCAAUCUUUGGCAACGAGAAGCGGUGGAUCAUAUCCGAGCGUGGAAGGGCAGGAAUUUGGUUUAUGGCGCGGUGUGGGACCAGGAUGCUGAGAUACUAUAUGCAGAUGUCAAGUGUAAAGUACUGCUGAUGUGCGCGAGGGAUGAUGUGCUUUGGAAGUAUUUCGAUCAUGUGAAAGAUCUGAGGAGUGAUGUUAGGGCUGUGGAAGUUGCUGGUGGGAAUUUUGAGUUGGAUAGAGAUGUCGAAGGGAUUGAGAAGUAUUGGAUUGAGUUCUUGGAGGGUUCUUUUGAAUGA